AUGAAAAAUCCAAUGUUGUCUGUUUUGUCAUUUCUUUUAGACAAGAUAUUUAUUUUUAUAAAGCUAAAAUCCAAUUGUACCUCAGUAACUGAUAGAAAUGGCAACAAAUAUGAGACUUCCUUGUUCGCGAGGGGUGACCUUCUGGAAGUUCCGAGAACGCUUUUUGUUCAUUUUGGAAUCUAUCUUGGAGACAACCGAGUUGCACAUUUGAUACCUGAUAUUCUUCCAGUAAUAUCGCACAACAAAACUUCUGUCAAGAAGGUGGUAACCAACAAGAGGCUGAUUGCAGGGGUGCUAGCUAAAGUGGCAAGUGUCAGAGUGGACAUCGUACAGGACUUUGCCUAUGGUGGAGAUAUUAUUAUUAAUCACAUGGAUCAGAGCAUCAGCAACAAACCUCUUUCUGGUGAAGAAGUGGCCCAAAGGGCUGAGAAACUGGUGGGGACCACAUCCUACAGCCUGCUGUGGAACAACUGUGAGCACUUUGUAACCUACUGUAGAUAUGGCAUCCCAGUGAGCUUGCAGACAGAUAAGUUCUGUGAGAUUGUGAAGAAGAUUAUUCGAGACCAAAGAAGUGUACUGAUUUCUGCUGCUUUAGGGUUGGCAUUAACGUUGUGCAUGGGUAUAGGACCUUCCACUACCCUUCCGUGUUUUCUUUUUACAUUUACACUCUGGAUGGCAAGCUGA